AUGCUGUUACAUGCUGUUUAUUAUAAGACAAUAUGUGCUGAAUUCAUUGUUCCGAUGGGAUAUUAUAAUGUGGCUCUUCCCGGACAUGGAUUGACGAAUAUUCGAGGUAGGUGUGUGUCUAAAAGACUAGGCAGUGACAAGGGCCAGUGGCGAGGCGAACAUUUACGAACACACAACUAAUGUUUUAGCACCCACGCUUUCUUAAAAUAAUCAACUCCUAAUGACAUUAACGGUAAAGCUCUAUUUCAAUUCUUAGACAAAGCAAGAACUGAAAGAUGGCUCUAGAUACAUUAAAAAAUCUUGACAUUAGAAAAAAUAGUCGAAAAGCAUGAUCUCUUUUUUUAACGAUUGAAAAGUCAUGCAGUAAAUGAAAUAAACAAAACCCCUGUAAAAGCUCAAGCAGUAUUAUCAGUACUUGCAGAAAACUCCAGAGAUACAGUUGAUAAAGCCUAUAAGAGGAGAAUUAAAGCUGAGAUAAAAAAAUACAAGGCACAAUCAAACAAAGAUGAAACCAUAGCAAUCGCUUUCAGUGCGGCCGAGUUAACAAACGCAAUUAAAGACAUCAAAAUAGGCAAGGCCCCAGGAAAAGACUUCAUACACCCAGAGUUUUUGCACGACCUAGACCCAAAACCUGUGAGCUAG